AUGGCCACGGCAACGGCGGGCGGCCGCGAACGUCGUCAAGAGCGCCUCAACGAGCGUCUUCGCGGCGCGCAGCGCGCGAAUGUCCAAGACGAGUCUUUUCACCUCAACAUCGACGGCCUCGAAAGCUCGAGCCCGUCACGCGUUGCCCCGAGCUCCUCGACGAGGAAACGAAAGCACGGGGACGCUCCGGCAUCGCGAGAGAAUAGCAGUCCGGCUCGACGGUCGACCCGAUCGGCCACCAAGGACCCGUCCGUCGCCGAGCAGGGAGCGGAAACGAGAGGCGCAGGAUCCGACAUCGGCAAUGCUUCCUCCGGUCGCAAAACGAGGACCCCGAGCAGCCUGGCUUCGGCCGUGAGACGUCCGGCCGAUACGGGUCCUGACGAGCUGGAGAUGCCAUCGGAGCCGCCAAGCGCACCCUCGCCCCCUCGAACGGCAAUGUCGACAGCGAUGCUGGAAGAGAUAGAGGAGAGCCCUCUGCACGCGCCCGGGAGUGGAAGGAGGCGAACGAUACCGCUGGGCUCGACCCUCAGCUCCGCGACGAGGCUCGGCAGCGUGCUGAGUGCGGACAACGGCUCGGCUCCCUCCUCAUCUCCGCUCGUGAGAAAGGUCCGAAGAAGCGACGUCGCACCAUCCGUUCCAUCACGUCUAUCCCUGCGCCCAGCAUCUACGGUGGGAGGCGACGAGAACGUGGAUGAACUGUCGCCAAACGGCCCCGGCGUGCGGCGACCAGCGGAGGCGCCACGCUCGUCGCCUCUGUCCGUCCACGAAGCCGAACGCACGGCGGAAGGCGAGGUGGCAGGGAAUGUGCCACGGUCCGAGGAUGAAGCAGAGAGGGUUGGUGCCACGGAAACGGCCAAGUCGCCGCGCAGGAAGCGACCGAGACGAAGCUUGCGGAAUAGCUCUCCCGAGCUCGGAUCGGGCAGCGAUGGCUGUGCACAGCAAACGGAACCCGUGCCGUCGCAGAAACGACCACGGCGGGCAAGAAGCCCGGUGAGGCAGAAGGAGCCGGCUUGUAAACCAAGGUCGAGAGCGCAGCAAGCACGGCAAAAGGCACCCGGCUCGACAAUGAUGGCGAAGAAACGAGACAAAGGUGCCGACGACGACGGUGCCGAUGACGGUGCCGAUGACGGUACCGACAACGACGGCGGUGGCAUCGAAAUCACCGUCCAGCGAUUCGUCAACAACAAGAGACGCGACGGAGAUGACGAUGUCGAUCCGCUGCAAUGCGUCAUCCCGUUCGCGAACCGCAGCGGCGAGACGGUCGUGGACGUCUUUGCCCAGGUAUGCAACGAGGUCAUCGACGUCACGCUGAAGCAGUUUCAGCAGCUCCUGGCGCGAGCGGACGACGCGGCCAAGAAAAAGGAAUAUCGCAUCAAGAUCAGGGCCGUCGAGGCGUAUAGAGAGGAGCUGCGCUCCAGGCUUCUCCUCCACGCGAUACAUCUGAAUCACUGGUACUCGCUGCGGAAGCAGGCGCGCGAGGCACAAAAGGAGAAGCUGGCCCUGCGGCAAGAAAUCCUGCGGCUCCGAGGGGAGAGAGAGCAGGUUGCGCUGCGAAUGGAUGCCGUGCGCAUCAAACACGAGGCUGACGACAAGGAAUUGACGUUCCGCCUGAAUACAUCAACGCUCAUGCAAGAGAUCGAGCUUGCCGUGGAUCAAGGCCAGGCGGCGCCGGAACUUGCCACCGCCGAACGCAAGCGAGCCGACAUCGCCAACCUCGAUCUUCUGGCGGCGCAGGUCGCGGACCAGGCAAGCUCUGCGAGCUCCACCGGCGGCCUGCUACGUCGGGUGCAGGAGUUCAAUGGGCUUCUGGAGCGAGCGGCCGCUGCGCUCGAGUCGAGAUGA